AUUGUGAAUAUUAAAAUAACUUUUGAUUUUAUGGGACAUUUAGUACUUUCCAGUAUUAUACUGGUUAACUUGACGUAAUAAAUUAAAGAAGAUUUAUUUAUUUGAAGAAAGACUUAACUUCUUUAAUUUUUGUAUUUAAAGUUCGAUUAAUCCUCACCUUAUUUCCUUUUUAAAUGUAGAAAUGUUUUUCUUUUUUUAAAUAUAUUUAAUGCGUGAUUUUCAUUGUAUGAAUUGGUUUUGAAUGACGGAAGAUAUAUAAUAGAAAGAAACAGAAAGAUAACAAGGUAUAAUAGAAGUAAUAGAAGUACUAAGAAAUAAUCAGGAAAGAGGUUAAUACAUGAACAACAAAAUGAAGAAAUAACUAACAAAUCUAAAAGAAAUGAAUAAAUAAUUAAUAAAUUCAAUUAAUAAAUUCAGUCAAAUUUUUUCAACUCUGAUACUAUCAUUAAUUCCUUCCUAACUCAUAUUUAAUAAACAACCCUCAUAAAUAAAACAUUUUGAAUAAUAACAUUUUUCCAUUUUCGAACUAUUAAACUAAAAUGUAAAUUCCCUUGUAAGAUCCUUUUAUUACAAGAUAUACUAUACAAGCUCAACAAAAUACAUAUACAAUCAAUUACUCGAUCAUAGAUAACCCAACUCAUUUUCUUACGUACGCGAUUACGUAGUCGUAAUCAUGUGAACGUGUCGUCCUAUAAACAUUUCGGGAUUAGGUAGUGGCGAACGCGUGCCAGUCAGACCCCAGCGUUGUGGUCACCAGGAUUGCCGUUCCCUACCAUUUUCUAAGGGAUUCUCUCCUACCCCAAGUUCUUACAAGGGUUGGGCAGUAUAUAAGCGAAACUGCGAAACCCCUCUCGUUCUAAACGGUUUUGAAGAACCGUCGUGUGAACACAUUUUACCAAAAAACCGAUUUCAGAACUUCUUAAAAAACGAUUUUCGUUUCGAGUAAUUAUUGUGUGAAGAUCUCUAAGAAAACGUGCGCGAUUUGGAACUACGAUAGAGUGAUAUUGUUGUGAUACAUCAGUGACCGAUGAUGAUAAACUGCAGAAUGAAUCCUUUUUUCCAAGCGGGGCUGGAUAAUGUACAAGUAAAAGAAUGCGCUUCUAACGGAGAUACUAGCAUGCAAUUUUCUGACUCGAUACUAGACCUGUCUUUUAAGAAAGCAACAAUCUCAAAAGAGUCAGCAAACUCCAGUUUACAUUCAAACUCACAUGUAACAAACACAACGAAACAAGAUCAAGUUACGCAUUUUUCAGAAACUGGGAGGAGUCCUUUGGAAGUUCGAAAAUUUAUGAUAACGCCACCUUCCGAAUGUGACUCACCGAAGAAGCUUAAACCCGAGCCAGUUCACAAUCUUACGGACGCGCCAUCGCAAAACGAUGGCUUUUCCACUUCGCCAAUGAACAUUUCGAUUCCAUUCAUUCCUACUAUAUUGUCAACAUUAUUGAAUUCAAAUAAUGAAACUAUUAAUCCAACGAAAUUUUUCGACCCCUCCAAUACGUUGAUUACAGAUUGUGACAAAACUGCGAUGUACAAUUUGCCUAUAGAUAUUACAAAAAAUACAAGACCCUUUAAGGCUUAUCCAAAAGAUCCACUAUCGCUCACGAUAGGAGGAACCGAAUUAGUAUACGAUCUAGAAUCCAGCGAAGCUUAUUCGGAGUUUCGAAAGCGAAUGCUGGAAACGAUGAAACAAUCGAACGAAAGCAUGAUUACAAAGAUGCGAAAGGUCACAAAAAGUCCUGUACCAACGAGCACUGCUGAUGAGAAAGAUGCAGCUUAUCGAGAAAAAAGAAGGAAGAAUAACGAAGCCGCAAAACGCUCGAGGGACGCACGAAGAGCCAAGGAAGAUGAAAUUGCUAUCAGGGCAGCUUUCUUAGAACACGAAAAUAAGAGACUUAAAUAUGAACUUUCAGUACUUAAAAACGAAACAGCCAAGUUAAUGGCUUAUUUGACUUAGAUUACUUUUAUAUUAGUCGUCGAUAAUAAAAAAAAAAAAAAUACGUAGUGUCUGCGCAAAAUUUGUUUAGUAUUCUAUAAAUAUCACGUUUUCUGUAAUCGUUAGUAUAAUUUAAUAUUUUAUGGCUUCGGGUUUAAUAUUUGAUACAUAGCAACAAAAAUAUUAUUUUGACAAUAUAUAUAAUCAUAUGCAUAACAAAUAUAGUGUAAGGAUUUAGAAGUUAUAUAAAUAUAUAAAUAUGCUUACUGUUACAAUGCUACUUCCAAGAUAAUAGCAAUUGUGCUAGGUAGGAUGUCUGAUAACUUUGCCCAGAAUUUUUUUUAUAUACAAUUUAUUGCAAAUGAUAUUCUAUAUACAGUAAGCAACUCAGAAUAGAUAAAUUUAGAGGUUUAUUUGUAUAUUGAGCAACAAGACUAUAAGUGCGGAUAUGUAAAUAGAAGGGAGAAUAAGAUAGAAACGUGGAAUAAAUUUUGUAAGGUUCAUUGUACAUACAAAGAUUGUUGUGAUAUUUAAAUUAUAUUUAUGAUAAAAAAAGACAUUAAACCAAAAUUAUACAUUA